CACCAAGCGCGACUGUUUUUGUUGCACAUGCUUGUCAUUGGGGAAGAGCAAUGUGCGGGAGGUUUAUGUAUUAGUUAUGUAAAAAAAAAAAAAAAAAAGACUUUUCAUUAGGAUGAACUCAAACGCGGAGAUUUAGUUGAGUUGGACUAACGUUAUAUUUCAUGCUUGUUAAACUGCAGUGAAGUUCCGAAAGCUUUAUUGGAUUCUUCCACUAGUACAGCCUAUAAUGUUUACAACAGAGAGUGCAAGAAGUUCAGUGAGAGCAUGAUGGACUUGCCAGUAUGGAAAUGACAGCAUCUGCCACUUCGUCUUGUCCUUUUUGUGUCUCUUGCUGGUGAUCAGUUGGCCAUACACAUGAACAUGGAUGCACAAUAUUCAGACCUGCAGGCUGUGUUUACUGAUUUACGGUCUCGAGUCGUUCCUGCUAUGAGCACGGAGGAGCUGGCAAGACAGAUUUCAUCAGCCAUAAACUCAUCUCCACACAGCAUGACGAGUGAAGACACAGAGAUGACUUGCAUGCUCCUUACACUGACCGGAAAAAUCAUCUCUAAACUGUCUUCAAAAAGCCUGCCACGAGAUGUCCGUGAGUUCUAUGAUGACGUCACGAAGAGACUCUUUGGGGCCUUUAAUAUGACAGCUGACCUUGUGCGUCUAAUCAACUACCAGGACCGGAUGCUGGCUCAUUUAGCUGCAAAAUGCAUGACUUCUUUUAUCAUAUAUGAUAUCGGUAAUAAUUUUGGUAGCAACUCCGUGUGGAAGAUCGCCUUCACAGAAACAUUUCAGAGUUCGGCUCCGAGCUGCGCCCUGGAUACACACCUGUGGGCUCUGACAGACGUGAUUAAGAGGAUACUGAAGUUAGACUGUGUUAACAAACGAGAAAUUCUGAUGAAACUUCUUGCUGAUUUUGAGUCAUCCCUCACUUCCUUAUAUCCAAAGCUGCUCCUUCAAGACAAUCCUGAACUUAGACAUGCAGCAGAAAAUGACAGAAACUCUGUGGAGUUAGAAAUCAGUGUAUGUGCACUUCUGGACCUUGUGGAAGUCCUUAGCACUGCGAGGACGUGGCAUGGCCUCUGCUCCUCCACUCAGAGACUGGUGUUCCUCCAGACUCCAGCACUUCUCCGUCUGACGCUGGCCAACAUGAAGGAGUUUGUAAAGAAGCGAGCACUGCUUUUGCUGAAGCGGAUUCUCGUUCAGAGAGCAGGGGAGGAAUGGGGUUUUGGUGAAAAUCACUCAAAAGAGCGUGACGAGAAAUAUGCCACUGAUUUACUCGUGAUGGCUGAGUCUGUGCUUCAUGAAGUAGAAGCUGGUUGGCUCCGGACGUUCUGUGUCAAAUCUCGGGCGAGUUUCUUUGGUGGGAGCAAAGGGAACGCUUCGGAUGGAGAAAUGAAAGAUGCUGUGAUGCUCAGGGCCAUGAGCCUGAUUCUGAUCAAGUGUCUGGAGAUUAAAGCUCGGCAUGUUUCUGCUCAAGGAGCUCACCAUGCCCUUGAUGUUCAGCCUUAUCUUAUGGAACUGCUGGUUUUUCUCCAGCAGCAGGUGCUUCAGGUCAAAGCAGUCACACAUCCCUGCUCUUGGAUCUUAGUAGUGUUUGCAGACCAGGAUGACGACCUGAUAGAAUCAGCCAAGGUUUUAAUUACCUUGUAUUUACAUCAGAAAAGUUUGAGUUCCUCAGAUCCUGCAGCAUGUGAAUGGGGAUGUAACCCUCACUGUCACUUUACUCUCCUACUCCGAAGUCUCUCCUUCGACCACACCGUCCUCCUGGACUUUCUCAUUUCUAAUGAAACCUGCUUCUUGGAGUAUUGCGUCCUCUACCUGAAGAACUUACGUGACCACUGGCAAGAUUUCUGUAAUGCGUGCUGCCAUAUUGAAAACUCUGAGUCUGAGACACACACUCUGUCCCUCCCACAUUUUUCUGAAGCGUCAGUAACAUCACAACCUCAGUCAAAAAUUGCUGCAUUUAGGCCAAGCCUGGUGAAUUACGAGAGUUCAGAGGAUUCUGAGGACGAAGACAGAAGUAUGUCAAACCUCCAGAUGAUGAGGAAUGCUGAGGAACCAGUAGCAGAGAUCGACAUGAGAAAAGCUGGAGAAAGGUCUGUGUCUGGAUCGGCAGAUACAGUGGAGAAAAUAAGCAACACCUCCUCUGAGGGUCUGAUGCUGAAGGUCAUAUUGUGCCUUAGUGAGCUAAGGACUGUUAUCAGCCGACUUCACAGCAAGGGGCUAUUCCCAUACAACCCUAGUUCUCUUCUUAAAUUGCUGUUGGCUAUUGAGACUAAAGGUCAGUUGAAAAACCCAACAGCGCCACAACUUAAAUAAUUUAACAUAAAUAAUAAUUAAAUACUUAAAUAAUUUAAUUUAUCUUAAUGAUGCACAGCUAAACAUUAUCUUCAAAGAAGAUGAACUUUCUGUGUCAAAGUCCUAUUAAGCAAUGCAAAUUGUUUCAUACAGUUUCUUAUUUAUUAAAAAAACAGACUUUUCAUGUUUGUGAUAAUGCCUUUUUACUUAUGUAGCUCAGAGCAAUAAAUACUUCAAUUCAUUCUGUGUUUUGUGUAUGUUAACGGAAGGUAAUUGUGGUUCUGUGAGUGACUCGAGGUCCAGCA